AACACCGUCUUGACUUAUUCCAAUUUUCCCGGCAGAAGGUAAACAAACAAUAAGUUGGCUUGUCCGGCAAAGUUGUUUACACGUUUUUUCCAAUCAACAUUUUUAGACGGAUACAAUAAUGCCCGUCAUAAAAUUCCAGCAUGUUGUUUCAUUCAGCAGCGAAGACAAGAACAAUCCUGCGGAUAACCUGUUGAAGCCAGAGGGAGCUUACAAAUGGAAAUGUGCAACACCUGGGGAGAAAAAUGUUUCCAUAGUGAUUCAGCUGGAGAAGGCCUCCCAGAUCCACACUAUUGACAUUGGUAAUGAGGGUUCGGCCUUUGUUGAGGUGUUGGUGGGGAAGUCCUCUUUUACCUCGGACCAUGAAUACCAGGUUCUGCUAGUGGCCUCGUCCUUCAUGACCCCCCUGGAGGCCAGGAAUGGCACCAACCGAGGCAGCGUACGCAUGUUUGACACCAGCCAGCUGUCUGCUACAGCUGCCAAGGAGAAGUGGGACCGCGUGAAGAUUGUGUGCACACAGCCCUUCAAUAAGACCAGCACAUAUGGCCUCUCCUUUGUGAAGUUCCAUUCUCCACCUGAACCAGGCGAUACUGAGGAGCCGAAAAAACUUGGCUUCUUUAAACUGAAAGAUGAUGGAAAUGGCGAAGUAAAAACUGGGUCUAUAUUCACCAAUAGAGACAAAGUUGAGACACCAUCAAAACCUCUCUCAGGGGCUGCAGCGGUCAGGGCUGCCUCGAGGCUAGCAGACAGUGUCCCUACUGAAACAUCUCCAAAACCAUCAGCCCCUCGGCCUGCACCAUCACCAUCAUCAUCAGGAGCAGCACUACCUGCAACUGCAUCCGUGGCUGCAGGGUCUUCCAAAACCAGAAUAAGCACCCCUACUCAAGAGAAGCGGAAGCACGUGGUCUCCAGUGAUGAUGACACAGAUGAGUCUGAGAAUUUGAGACCACAGCUACCCAAGCAGUCCACCAGUCUCAGCUCUGUGGCUUCAAGUGUCUCCAGCAAGUCUGAAAAACCUCCCCCUCUCAAGAAAACCAAAUCUGAGCCCCCAAAAGACUCUCCAGUAAAGGAGUUUAGUAGACUUAUGGAGAAGGUCACAUUUGUGCUGAGCGGCUACCAGAAUCCCCAGAGAGGAGAGAUCAGGGACCAAGCCCUGGCAAUGGGAGCCAAGUACAGUGGGGACUGGGGCAAGGGGUGUACCCAUCUAAUAUGUGCCUUUGCGAAAACUCCAAAAUACCAGCAAGUGAAAGGCAAGGGACGCAUUGUAGACAAGAAAUGGAUCAAUGACUGCUACAAACAGAGGAAACUUCUGCCAUGGAGAAGUUAUCGUAUUGGUGAUGCAGAAUCCCCGGAUGAAGCUUCUGAUGACGAACCUCUGACAACCACACCAGUUCCAAAGAAGCCAACUCCUAAGAAAAAAGCCAGUUCCCCGCCACCUGUCCCUCUGAUGAAGGACAGCGAUGAUGAUGAUGAUGGUGGUGGAGGUGAUGGUGGUGAUAGUGGGGAAGACACUGAGGACGAAAUUAGGAGGAUUAAGGACAAGGAAGCAGGAAAACAUGUCAGCCCAAAGACGAAAGAAACAAAGCCAGAUGCUGAAGAUGACAUGUAUGAUGCAGAUACUGAUGUUGAUGAAGAGCCCGCUGAAAGCAAGGUUGCAGCCAUGGAAACAGAUUCUGAUGGGGCAGACAGUGGCCUGCCAGAGUUGCCAGACUUCUUCGCUGACAAACAUUUUUUUAUUUACGGCUCAAUGGAUUCUGCAGAGAGACGUCUAAUGACACGAUUCAUCACAGCAUAUGCUGGAGAGCUGGAUGACUACAUGAGUGAGAAAGUCCACUAUAUAGUAAGCUCGGAGAAAUGGGAUAGCAAUUUUGAUGAUGCACUAUCUGACAAUCCAAGCCUCGUGUUCGUGAAACCCAAGUGGGUGCAUGUGUGUCACGACAAACAGAAACUGGUGCCCCAUCAACCAUACAUUGUAGUACCUGAUGCAUGAUGGAAUGAAAUGGAUCUCAUUUGACAAUGACUGCACGCAUACUCAAACUUUGUGUUAGCCAUCUGCUCUGUUCAUUGCAGCAUCCGAUAUUUUAGCGUUUCACCCAUGAAACAUUCUGAUACUUCAAGAAGGUAGUAUAUUUGGUAGCGUGCACUGGAGAUUAAUGUUCAAGUGUUGCCAAGUUUUUUCAUAGGUAAGAGGUUAAAUUAGCAACUGUUAUUUUGAGUUGUAGGACAUUCUUAGUAUAGUUGUCCGGUGUGUUGUUGUCAUUUGAGAGUAGGACUUACUUAAAUUAUCCAAAUUGAACAUUAAUCCGGCAUGUAGACCAUGGCUGUUUCUAAAAACUUAUGUUUUUUGGAAUAAACUGUCCCAGAAAAUAAAGCAAUAUUAGUGUUGUUUUUUUUGCAAAAAUAAAAGUUCAAGCACAAUUUAAUACAUUUUAUACGAACUUAUUUUUUUAGGACUGAAGAGUGUAUGUUAUGAGUGGUCAUAUUUGUGUAAGUUGUGAGUAGAGUGGUCACAUUUGUGUAAGUUGUGAGUAGAGUGGUCAUAUUUGUGUAAGUUGUGAGUAGAGUGGUCACAUUUGUGUAAGUUGUGAGUAGAGUGGUCACAUUUGUGUAAGUUGUGAGUAGAGCAGUCACAUUUGUGUAAGUUGUGAGUAGAGUGGUCACAUUUGUGUAAGUUGUGAGUAGAGUGGUCACAUUUGUGUAAGUUGUGAGUAGAGUGGUCACAUUUGUGUAUGUUGUGAGUAGAGUGGUCACAUUUGUGUAAGUUGUGAGUAGAGUGGUCACAUUUGUGUAUGUUGUGAGUAGAGUGGUCACAUUUGUGUAAGUUGUGAGUAGAGUGGUCACAUUUGUGUAUGUUGUGAGUAGAGUGGUCACAUUUGUGUAUGUUGUGAGUAGAGUGGUCACAUUUGUGUAAGUUGUGAUUAGAGUGGUCACAUUUGUGUAAGUUGUGAGUGGAGUGGUCAUAAUUGUGUAUGUUGUGAGUAGAGUGGUCAUAUUUGUGUAAGUUGUGAGUAGAGUGGUCACAUUUGUGUAAGUUGUGAGUAUAGUGGUCACAUUUGUGUAAGUUGUGAGUAUAGUGGUCACAUUUGUGUAAGUUGUGAGUAGAGUGGUCACAUUUGUGUAAGUUGUGAGUGGAGUGGUCAUAAUUGUGUAUGUUGUGAGUAGAGUGGUCAUAUUUGUGUAAGUUGUGAGUAGAGUGGUCACAUUUGUGUAAGUUGUGAGUAUAGUGGUCACAUUUGUGUAAGUUGUGAGUAUAGUGGUCACAUUUGUGUAAGUUGUGAGUAGAGUGGUCACAUUUGUGUAAGUUGUGAGUAGAGUGGUCACAUUUGUGUAAGUUGUGAGUAGAGUGGUCACAUUUGUGUAAGUUGUGAGUAGAGUGGUCACAUUUGUGUAAGUUGUGAGUAGAGUGGUCACAUUUGUGUAUGUUGUGAGUAGUGGUCCCAUUUUCCUUUAUUGCGCUGAAUCAUUGUAUGUCAAUUUUUUUAAUACACACACAUCUCACUGCUGCAGUUUUUUCAGUUUUAAUAAUACCUUUAACUUUUGUAUAUUAUUAUGCCCCCCCCCCCCUUCAAAGAUGUUUGCUGGAUGUUGGAUGGUGGGUCAGUCUGUCAGUAGACCCAGUCUGUUUCUGAUCAUUAACUUGUGAAUAAAUUUACCAAUUGGCUUAAUACAUCCCAUGUGCAUUUGCCUGUGCCAGUAGAUGACCCCUAUUUAAUUUGGGGUCACUAGGUCAAAGGUCAAGGUCACUUAUUUCCGAUCAAUAACUUGUGAACAGAGAGACUGAUUGGCUUGAUACUUCCCAUGUCCAUAAGCGUUGGACAGUAGAUUGCCCUAUAUUGAAAUUGGGGUCUCCAGGUCAAAGGUAAAGGUCACUGUCGCACUAAGCGUGAAAUUGUUUUCGAUCAUUAACUCGUCAACUGAAUCACCAAUUGGCUGGAUACUUCAUAUGUGCAUUGGUCUUGGACAUGACCCCUAUUGAAAUUGGGGCACUAAGUUUGAACAUCGUUUCAGAUCAAUUACUCGUUAACGACAUGACCGAUUGAUACUUCGCAAGUGCAUUGGCCUUGGACAGUAAUUUAGGUCUUUUAAAUGAUUAUGUGCUAAAUCAGGGACAUUGAUUUACCAAAAAGAGAAUCGAUUAUUGUUAUCUUUCUCAUCCAACAAUUAAUUGAUUUAAUUCGAUGAUCAUUACAUCACAAGUUAUAAAACUAUAAUAUUCUCAAUCUAUUUACUCUAAAGAUGAAUUAAACGAUUAUUUUACAGAAAUGCAUAAUUUUGUGUCAACUAAAAACACAUUUAAAGUAAUAUUCCUACUCAAAAUCAACGAAAAUUUCGUACAAUAUUUCAAAAAAUAAACUUAACCUAUUAAAAAUCAGUGUUCCUAAUGGCAAUUGCCGAAACUUCAACGCCAGAUAUGGUCUGGUAAAAAAGAUGUUUGUAGAUACAAAAUGCUCGUUGUUUUUCCAUUUUAAUUUCCCGCAACAAUUUCUUUUCAAACGACACAUGAACACUAACAUGUUGUUCGUGUGUCGUAUGAAUAGAUAUAUUCGCGGGAAAUUAAAAUGGAUUUAAUUGUCACAAAUAAAUAAAAACGAGAAUUUUGUAUCUACAAAAAUCUAUGUAAUCAUACCACAUAUAGCGUUGAAAUUGUGGCUAUUGCUAUAAGAAACACUGAUUGUUUAGGUGUUAACUUUAUUUUACGGAAUACUUUAUGCAAUUUUCUUUGAUUUUGAGCGUAAUAGAGACUUUAAGUGACUAAGCCUAACAAAUAAGGUGUGAUUCACUUUUGUGGUCAGUAUUGUUGCAAAAAACUCCUGUGUUAAGGCUCUGUUUGGGGGGGGGGGGGCAGGCAUCUGUCCUGCUCUGGUUUAUAUCUUAAGACAGCAUUGAUUCUUAGUCAUAGUAACUACAUAUAUUGCCGUGUGUGGUUGUUUUUGUGACCUUUUUUUGUCGGAUCCUUAUAGUAGUAAAUGAAUUAAUUGACAUAAAAAAGUCAUUAACUGAUUUGGCAAAAGCAUAUGAGGAUCUGCAUGAUGGACAGUACAGUGUUGAUUGUAAAUUGUUAUUGUAUAUGUUUGCCUUUUACAACAUUAAAUAAUGUGACAUACAUUUUGCGACAACUACUGCAUUCUGAAGCAUGCACAAUUAAGAGAAAGUUAUCAUGAAUGCCAUUUGUCAAACUGUUGCAUGUUUCAUUGUAUAUAAUGUGAACUUAAACCUUUUGUUUGAUCAAAUGCCUUAAGAUUCAAGCAGGAUGAUUAUAUUUUGUUUAUAAUGCUGUUCAGAAAAACUUCUUGUUAAUUUACAGCGAAAUAAAAUUAAUGAAAAGUUA